AAAAAGUUGAGUUCAUGCUAUUUUAUCAAGAAUUUUUCAAUACCUACUGUAUUAUCCUGCACGUUCUCAUUUCAUUUAGUACUAUGUAGUAUGAUUGCUAGAAUUAUUAACAAAAGUUUAAGUACUGUUCUUAAAAAUAAUGUUUAUCAUAUCUUGCUAUAGCAAUUGCUAGUGAAAUACUAAAUUCAAAAAUUUACCACGUCUGCAUAACAAUGAAUUUCGCCGGUCUUAAAAUAUUUAUUGUGGUAGCAAAUGUGUUCUGCUGUAUUCUUGCAAACGUGGAUGUAGCCAAGAAAGCUGAAAAGAAGUCAAAAGGAGUUACUACAUUUGUUAGUGCAAAGUGGGAAGCAACUCCUAUUGUUUUGGAGUUAGCAGAGUACUUAUCUGGCGAAAACACUGAUUUAUUUUGGUCAUUUGUAGAUAAAAUAAAUUCACUGAAACCAAGUCUUCAUAAGUUAGAGACCGAAAAGGAAGUAUAUGAUGCAUGUAUUAGUGCUGCAAGUUCCUUACUUGCUCCAGCUCAGUUAAGAAUGGCAAAAUUAGCUCUAUCAAUGCACUUAAACUCUCCCACUGUAAGAAUGUUUGAUGAGAUCGCAACUCAAAGUGGAGCUAAAGAAGUUCCUUGUGAUGUUUUUGUGUCAAUUGUAUCUAAGAAUGUUUGUGAUGAUGAAAUUUUGAUUGAUUUACUUAAAUCAAUACAUCAAUAUAAUCCUGCUGAACACAAGCUAGAAACAUAUCUUCUGGAUCAUACAUUUCCAAGCAGUAAUAACAACAGUAUAAGUGCUAUUUUGUACGGUGAGCUGGGAACACCUGAGUUUGUUAAAAAACAUAACCUUUUAGUCUCAUUUGCAGAAAAGGGACUUAUAAAUUAUGUGGUCAGAUGGAAUGUGAAGACUAGAGGCAAGCCAAAAUUGCGCCUCUCAGGAUAUGGAGUAGAACUACAACUAAAGAGCACUGAGUACAAGAGCCAAGAUGACACAACUCCUAAAGAAUCGGAUAUGGGUGAUAAUCCCGUCCCUUCUGAAGAAGAAGAUGAAAAUGACCCCCAAAAUCAAAUUGAUGGUUUUAACUUUGGAAGAUUGAAGAAUCUUUUCCCUGCACUUCGUUCACCGUUAGAGAGAUUCAGGCGUCAUCUAUCCGAAAUGAGUGAAGAGCUGGAGCCACUCAAAGUGUGGCAGAUGCAAGGACUGAGCAUGCAAGCCGCGGCCGCUGUCGUUGAUGCUCACGACUCUGGUGGUGAUGAAGCACUUAAAGUACUUUCAUCAAUUGCUCAGAAUUUUCCAAUGCAGACAAAAUCUUUAAUCCAUGUGAAUGUUCCACGAUCAUUCCGUGAUGAAGUCCUUUACAACCAAGAUGUUUGGGCGUCAUCACUCGGACUACGUGCAGCUGAGUCGCUCCUGUUAGUGUCUGGUGCCCAGUACGAUGCAGAGGAUUUUGAUAUCAUGGCAUUACUCACGGCUCUGAGAGAGGAUAUUGGCCCAAUGAACACAUUACACUCACUAGGUAUUUCAAAGAAGUUAAUAAAUACUCUAUUGGCUUUGGAGUUGGGCGAGUCAUAUACAUGGGAGGAGUAUGGUCUGGAUAUUAGAGACACAGCAAUAACAUGGCUAAAUGAUCUUGAAACUGACGAUAGAUAUAGACGGUGGCCCUCCUCAUAUAUGGAGCUACUGAGACCGACUUACCCUGGUAUGUUGAGGAAUCUACGGAGGAACAUUUACAACUAUGUAAUAAUAGUAGAUCCGACAUCAGCUGCAUCAGCUCCACCAUUGAAACUUGGUGAAACAUUACUGAAGCAUGCAACACCAGUCCGUGUUGGAGUGGUGUUGGCACCCAAAACCACCCCCCUGGCUGCAGCUGUCCGCAGUGCCUUCAACUAUGUUGCACAAGACAAGAACUCCAACAAGGAAGCAUUCUAUUUUCUAACGCAGCUUCUGAACUCGCUACAAGAAGAAGAAUUAACAAUGGAACAUGUUAAAAAGCAUUUGAAUAAGUACACAAGUUCGAGUGCUAACUUAGACGAAAUUAUAUCAGAAGACUCCGAAUAUAAUUUUGGUCACCAACUCGCAGACGAAUUCGUGUCCAAGCUUGGAGCUGACAAGUACCCACAAGUGUUAGUGAACGGAGUGCCGUUGUGGGACGAGGGCUUAGUUCCCUUGACGUCGUCUGUGGAUGCCCUAGAGGAGUCUCUGGUGACCGCUCUGUCGCGUCACACGGGGCGUCUCCAGCGAGCCGUGUUCCGCGGAGACCUGUCUGAUGCCGACGACGCGCUCGACUAUAUCAUGAAGCAACCCCACAUUGUAUCCAGACUCAAUCGUCGUAUACUUGGCUCGGAACCAACGCAAUACCUGGACCUCUCUGGAGCGCCCUCCUCUGUCGAACUAUUCACCGAGGAUAAAAUACACAAACUUCUGCACCUAACAGGUCGUGAUGCCUUAGCAACUGCUUUGCCGAUACUCAAAUAUUUUACGAAGUCUGGAAAACCCGAAAAAAUAACUCAAACAGUUUGGGUCAUUGGUGAUCUCAAUAAAAAGGAAUCUAGAGAACUUCUGCGCAACGCAUUGACCUUCAUGCGUGAAUCAGGGGGAGUUCGCGUUGCGUUUAUACCGAACGUAGAUGGAGACUCAAGGUCAGACCAGUCCAUCAAUAAGGUCGUAAUAGCAGCUCUCACCACCUUGCAACCUGCCCAAGCUACCAAGUAUGUAGUCCAGCUGCUGGAGAACGAAGGCUGCCAUGAGAGACAAGACUGUGAUAUCAUGCCGGAGUUGGUCCCCGCUCUCAACAUGUACGAGUGGGUGCUAAAGGCAGCGCGUAUUCUGUGCGUUCGCAGUAUGAAGCUAGCUGCGGGUGCGCGCGCCCUCGUGCACAACUCACGCCUUAUCGGACCGAUACCUGAUGCUGAGAGAUUCAGCCUUGAAGACUUCGUAUUGCUAGAGAGGUUCAGCAACCAAGUUUACGGUGAGAAAUUAGCGGAACUCUUUGAAAAGAAAAAAUCGCAAACUAAAAACUCUAUCGAUGAUGAAGAUUAUGAUGAUGAUGAUAUCGAGGACUUGUCAACGGAUAACUACUUGAAGGUGGUGUCGGUGCUAGCGGCCCGUAGUCCGCGCGUGCGCACUUCGCUCCCCACUGCUCUCAAGACCGACCACUCGCUCGUGGACCUACCUCCGCUCUAUGCCAACGAGGCUGCCAUUGAGAUAGUAGCAGUGGUUGACCCGGCUUCGAGCGCGGCACAGCGGAUAGCGCCCCUACUGCUGGUGUUACGACGCGUCGUCAACUGUCGCAUCAAGCUGUUCCUGAACCCGCAAGACAAGAACUCCGACAUGCCGCUAAAAAGUUUCUACCGCUACGUGCUGGAGCCCGAGUUGCAGUUCUCAGCAGGCGGGGCGCUAGCGGGUGGGGCGGUCGCGAGGUUCUCACGUCUGCCGCACGCGCCGCUGCUGUCGCUGGAGCUGCGGACGCCACCCAACUGGCUCGUGGAGUGCGUCAAGUCCGUCUACGAUCUGGACAACAUCCGACUGGCUGACGUCGAGUCUCUGGUGCACAGUGAAUUCGAGUUGGAAUAUUUGCUGCUGGAAGGCCACGCAUGGGAUUCUAAUUUGGGCACGCCGCCGCGUGGACUACAAUUGAUAUUAGGGAACCGGGAGAAGCCUGAAAUCAUGGACACCAUAGUGAUGGCCAACCUGGGCUACUUCCAGCUGAAGGCUAAUCCUGGCGCCUGGAUCUUACGGCUGCGGCCUGGACGCUCAGAGGAUAUUUAUGAAAUUGUUGGGCACGAGAACACAGACACGCCGGCGGGCAGCGCCGACAUCCAGGUGCUGAUGAGCUCGUUCCGCAGCCACGUCAUCAAGCUGCGAGUCAGCAAGAAGCCGGACAAGCAGCACUUCGACCUGCUGGCAGAAAACGACGACAACAACGCCGGCGGCAUUUGGAGCUCUAUUGCGAGUUCUUUUGGCGGCGGCGAGGAGCAAGAAUCGCAGGAUGAAACGAUCAACGUGUUCUCGGUGGCGUCCGGACACCUGUACGAGCGGUUCCUCCGCAUCAUGAUGCUGUCCGUGCUCAAGAACACCAAGUCUCCGGUCAAGUUCUGGUUCCUUAAGAACUAUCUAAGUCCAUCACUUAAAGACAUCCUUCCGUACAUGGCUCAAGAGUACGGGUUCGAGUUCGAGCUGGUGCAGUACGUGUGGCCGCGCUGGCUGCAGCGACAGCGGGACCGGCAGCGGACCAUCUGGGGCUACAAGAUCCUGUUCCUGGACGUACUGUUCCCGCUGCACGUCAAGAAGAUCAUCUUCGUUGAUGCUGAUCAGAUCGUGAGAGCAGAUUUAAAGGAGUUGGUGGAGUUAGACCUGGGUGGAGCACCCUACGGGUACACUCCAUUCUGUGACAGUCGGAAGGAGAUGGAGGGAUUCAGGUUCUGGAAGCAGGGCUACUGGCGUAACCACCUUCAGGGUCGCAGCUACCACAUCAGCGCGCUCUACGUGGUGGACCUCAAGCGGUUCCGGCGCAUUGCGGCCGGCGACCGGCUGCGUGGACAGUACCAGGCGCUCAGCCAGGAUCCCAACAGCUUGUCGAACUUAGAUCAAGAUUUGCCAAACAACAUGAUACACCAAGUGGCGAUAAAGUCCCUGCCGCAGGAGUGGCUGUGGUGUGAGACCUGGUGCGACGAGAACUCUAAGCGAUACGCCAAAACUAUUGAUUUGUGUAACAACCCGCAGACGAAGGAGGCGAAGCUGUCGGCGGCCAUGCGCAUCGUGCCCGAGUGGCGCGAGUACGACGCGGAGGUGAGGGCGCUGCAGGCUCGCGUGCGCCGCGGACUGUACAGUCACAGCGACUCCGAACAAGAAAUCGAAAGUCAUCCUGAAGAAAGUAGGCCGGAAAGUGUUUCAAAUAAAGAACAACACACCGAGUUAUGAUGAAACAAGGCAUAUUAAAUUAGACUUUUUGUUAUUCCAAUUAUUGCGUGAUACUUUUGUGUAACAUAUGCGGUGCGUGUAUUGUAAUUGAGUUCGUAGUUCAUCUAGUUACCGGAUAGCAUUUCAAAAAAGUUAUUACUUUUACUAUAAGGUCAUUGUAAUGUUAUACACUGUAAAGUCUGAAUUAAUUACAUAAAUUUAAAAACUGCCGUUUUGGCGCGUUUUAUUGUUAUCAGGGCUGCCAACCGUACUCUUAAAUAGGGUAUUGUCCGCGAUUUUCUUUAGGUGUACUCUAUAAGCUAUAACGAAUAGAGUACGCUGAAGUACUCUUUUGUACAUAAAUGAAGCUUUUGCAUUCUAAACAGUAAAAUUAUUACUACUAAAAAAAGAUACUUGGUGAUACCAAACCCAAGGCCGUAAAACUCGGGCGUUUCUGAACUUAUUACAUGAACCAAUCAGUCAAAAUAAAGAAAAACAUUUUGAAACAUUUUAAUGCUCUAAUUAAUCUGUACCCUUUAUUUACAAACACUUUUCUUAAUAAACAUGUGAAGAGGUUUGGAUGAAUAUUGACAUAUACUUUGUUGUCAUACCGUUAUGGCUUCGAAUAUUAGAAUAUCCUAGUCAUCAUAAUAUUAAAUCAUAAAAAUAUCAUGUUGGCAUAAGUCUAAAGUAAAAAGUUCCUUAAAGAAAAUAUUCGACUUUUUAAGUUUUAAUAAAAUAAAAUAAGUGUUGUAUAUGAACACUGAUCAUAACAGUUAAAACUGGAAUGCUCGCCACCACCGUUCCAUUACUCAUUACUUGGUAGCUUUGGUACCUUUACUCAACCUGACAGUGGCUAAAUUAUGGCGUCUAUCCGCAAUAGCCACAAUAUAACGAAUAAAAUAGACUUAUUCAAUUCAAAAUAUUAAGCGUAUAUCGUAAAGGUGCGAACACAUUUACGCGCGGCAGCCGCGAGCCCAUGUUCGAUCCGAGCUGACCUUCAUUUGCCGCGCGAAUGGAGCGAACCAAUCAAUAUGUUACAUAAAUUUAGUACAACGCGAUGGCCGCACGCAACAGCUGAUCCAGAACAUUCAAAUCUUUACCAGCCACUACACAUCGCGUCAACAAGGCAGACCAGUUCAUUCUUGUAAACCAAAUUAGCAAUAACUUUAACAUUUCUAGCACAUGGAUACUCCUAUACUAGCCUACAGCUUUUUUUUUUCAUUUUUACGUAUUCGCCGUUCGAGCCACAACUACAACCGCCACAACUGCGCGCGAGGGAACGACGCUCCUUUGAUGAGGUCUCAAAAACCGACAGCGAGCGAAUUGCCCCGCGAGCGCCUAUGUUCGAAGGCUUGCCGCGCGUAAUAUGUACGCACCUUAACUUAUGAGUUGUGAUUCUAAAACUUGGGCGGCAGUGUUCAAUUUUAUCAGGUAUUCCACAGGGCACAGACUCAAAUACAGGCCAUUAUUGUUACAUAUAAUAACUGUUUUUAGUGCUAUCCAGCCGUGCUAUUUUCAAUAUACCAUAGUUAAUUUGUUGUGUUAUAAUGAGAGUUAACUGUGAACACGAAAGGAAAGGUUCAGCUUGAAAAAAAAAAUGUAAUUAAUAACUAAAAUAAAACACAAGUAUAAAAAACGCUGCCUAAUUUAAACAAAAGGUAAUAAAUUAAAAAAGCAUUUAAAUUUAAUCCGUUUCUGAAUAAAAAUGUGCUAGUAAAAUUAUAUGAUCUACUAUUGAAAAGGUUUUAAAUUUAAUUAUACCACAUGAAUAGUUUUUAAUACCACUAAUUAUAAAUACAAAAACGAGAAAGCAUAAUGAGUAGGGCGCUUCCCACGCAAUAAAUACAAAAGAAAUCCGCCCCGGUUCACAAAUCACCGUUUUUGUGUUGCUUUCGUUGCCAACAUAUAAUUUGAGAAUAUUUCAUAUUAGUUACGGAUUUUCUUGUACAAUAAAGGGAUUAUGCGACGCACGGUUUUUAUUUUAGUCUUCUCGAUUGUAAUUUGAAUCUGGAGUUAUUUAGCAAAGUCAAAUAAACUCUUUUAAAAUGGGCUUAAAAGUGUUUUUGAAUCGUCAUUAUAAAUGACUAGAUUCAUAAUAAAAACCUUAGCAAUUCGAAUUUGAAAAGUUAUCAAAUCAUCAAUCAAGUGUAAAUUAAUAUAAUAUUAAUAUACAGUAAUGUGAAUCCAUACCUACCUGGUUAUAUAGUGAAGUGCUGCCGACGUGCGUGGGUAGCAAUAGGCAUAACCGUUGACUCUCACCACGUGACCAAGAGUAAAUAAAUGGUACACACAGUACAGUAAACAGCCAUAUUAAUAAUAUGAUAUAACUUUUUCUGUUAAAAUAUUCAAGCUUGCAAUCAAUAAAACAAUACGCGUGUCGCGUUAACCUUGAGAUUGUCAACUGGCUGUGCGAUCGUCAACCUGUUAUUUCCGGUUCUCUACGUGUACACAACAAGCGGCCAGUGGACACUCACACAUGCCCCGGAUCAUUGUAGUAAUGCAACCAUUUCGCGUGGUUGUAUGUAGCUUAUUCUCUGUACUAUUUAAUUUACUCAUGUGUCAUAGAGUCCCCGAUUAUAUCCUCGACGCAUACCAAUGUGUUUUCGGUUUUCGAAUUCAUACGUACGUUAAUUCGACGUUUUAUAAGGUCAGCAACGAUCUUGUGAUUCCCUUGAUCGUGAUCCUGGGAGUAUCGGCUCCGGUGACCACUGACUUACCACCCGUAUGUUCUCCUCCAUAAAAAAAUGUGAAAUUAUAACAAGCAUAAAACUGCUUAAUCAUAUAGGCUGCAAACGUAGACCUAGUAUUAAAAUCCGACAAAAAUAAGCGAUAAAAUCAAAGUCGUUUAGUUUUAUUAGUUAUUGUUUAGUUAAUAGUUUCCAAAAUUUUAAUUGUUAAUUUUUGGAGGAGAGAAAACCCGGAUUUUUGAGUUUGUCGCACGCAUGAUUAUCUCCCCCACGCAAGCGCGACGGUUGAUUUAGAAUUCUUAAAUCUGAGAAAGGCGCUCAGUUUGCUCAAACUAAACCUACGCAUAGCUGUUUUUUACCAAUUGCAAUCCAAUUUAUAAAGAAUUGUUGCCUUAACUUAAGCUCUCAUAAUGUAAAUUUAUAUCAUUUUGUUUUUCGUUUUAUAUGCCUUAAUAUUGUAAUAACUACAUUAUAUAAAUAUUUAUAUUUGAGGCUUGGCACUUUAAAAAAUAAAUAUCAUUGUAUUUAUUAACUAGUUUACAUAUUAUUGCUAAUAAUAAUUAAUAAAAUAGCUAUUAAAUUAUUAUUUAAAAUUGCAAAAAAUUGAUAGCGCUCAUUAUAAGAGAAAUUUUGUUUUGUGUUCAUAAUUAACUCCUUCAAUAUCAAACGUAUCAUGGGUUGUUUUUAGUAUAAUUUCCUAGUUAAUAAUAACGAUUCGUAAAAAGAUGUAAUAAGCAUAUUAUGUAUCAUAUUUUAUAGUACCUAAUGUAUUAUAAAUAAUUAAACUAAAAUCAGGUAUCCAGUGAGUUAGUUGUACAGUAAAUUGUACUCUUAAUUGAUUUGUUGCAUUCGACUGCUGUUUAUUUUAUAUAUAUAUAUAUAUACAUUUUCUUUCCCUAGGUUUAUCAUUAAGUGAAAUGUGAUAACUUACAUUAAGUAUAAUAUGUUUAAAUUCAAUUGGUAUGUGCAAAACAACGAAAUUGUCUUACAAGUAUCAUUAUAUUGUUUAUAAUUUUUGUUACAGUUUUUUUUUUGCUAAAAUUACUACUGGCACAGUUUGUGUUUGAUAUGACUUUCACCAGAUUGUAAAAUAAAUUCUUGAAUAUAA